UUUCAGACAGUUUCUGUAAUCAUUCUAUGAAUCUUCAGACAACAAAAUGAAUCUGUUUCAGACAGUUUCUUUGAUUCUGUUUUCUUUGUUUCUGCUUGUUUCAGCAGACAGAUCGACCUACAUUGUACACAUGGACAAGUCUUUCAUGCCUAAGGCAUUCUCUACUCACCACCAUUGGUAUUCUUCCCUUCUCCGAUCCGCAAAAUCCACGGAUCGGACAUCGCUCAACAACGACAAAUCCAACCCGAAGCUCGUCCAUACCUACGACAAUGCAUUCCACGGCUUCUCCGCGUUGGUGUCGGAAUCCGAAGUUGCGGUCCUGAAGAAGUCACCGGGCUUCCUCUCAGCUUAUCCUGACGAUGUCAUGACACCCGACACGACCCACUCGUACAAGUUCUUGUCUCUCAACACUGCAACGGGGAUAUGGCCGGCGUCUCAGUACGGAAAGGACGUGGUUAUAGGGGUCGUGGACUCGGGGAUUUGGCCGGAGAGCCCAAGUUUCGACGAUCACGGGAUGACCAAGGUUCCGGUGGGGUGGAAGGGGAUAUGCCAGGCAGGCGACGGAUUCAAUUCGUCGCACUGCAACAAGAAACUCAUCGGAGCAAGAUAUUUCAAUCAGGGGGCUCGAGCUGCCAAUCCUGAUGUCCAGAUUAUGAUGAACUCCGCGAGGGAUGAGUCCGGUCACGGCACUCACGUGGCGUCCACGGCGGCAGGGAACUACGUUGACGGCGUUUCCUUUUUCGGUUACGCGGGUGGACAGGCGAGAGGAGUUGCCCCUCACGCCCGACUGGCUGUAUACAAGGUGGCUGGUUGGCAAGGUGGGAGCUAUGAGUCAGAUGCGCUUGCUGGCAUUGAUCAAGCAGUGGCGGAUGGAGUCGACAUACUGUCGAUUUCGCUAAGCUCUCGCCGGACUCAUCUGUAUGAGCAUCCGAUCGCAAUAGCAGGAUUUGGCGCGAGGGAGAAGGGCAUCUUUGUCUCUGUCUCAGCAGGAAACCGAGGCCCAGGUGCUGAAACGCUGCUCGGAGGGAUCCCGUGGGCGGUGACCGUGGCAUCGGGGACGAUUGAUCGGUGGUUCGGUGGCACAUUGGCUCUCGGCAAUGGAAAAACCAUCACCGGAUGGACUAUGUUUCCAGCCAGAGCCAUAGUCAGAGACUUGCCUCUUAUUUACAACAAGACUUCAUCUCCCUGCAGCUCGAGUUUACUAGUAGAGGCUCCUGAGCACAGCAUCAUCAUAUGCAAUAACAUUGAUAAAAGCACAAGUUUUUCUACCUUGAUGAAAGAUCUCUCCCGGUCAAAUGUCCGAGCUGCCAUCAUCGUUUCUGAAGAAACGGGCAUACGGAGAUCCCCCUCAUUCCCUUUCCCCGGAGUCGUGAUCACACCCUCGGAAGCAGAGGACGUGAUCAGCUACGCGUCAUCCAAAUGUUGUACCCCAACAGCAAGUAUUGAUUUCCAAAAGACCCUCGUUGGAACGGAGGCAAGAGCUGCUCCGGCCCUGUCAGCUUCCUCGUCGAGAGGCCCUGGCCGGAGCUACCGGAAGAUCUUGAAGCCUGACAUAAUGGCUCCCGGAGUUCUCAUUCUAGCAGCAAACAAUCCUCAUGGCUCUGAAGCAAGUAUUGGGAACAACAUAUUCCUCCCAAGUGACUACACUCUUCCAUCUGCAACUUCAAUGGCUUGCCCUCAUAUUUCCGGCAUUGCUGCACUUCUCAAAGCCGCACAUCCCGAGUGGAGCCCUGCAGCUAUCCAGUCUGCCAUGAUGACCACUGCUACUUCAACUGAUAAUACCAACCAACCAAUCAAGGACACGGGCUUCAACAAGCUAGUGGCCACCCCUUUAGGCAUGGGAGCAGGGCACGUCAAUCCAAACCAGGCCCUCGAUCCAGGCCUCAUCUACGAUGCAACACUGCAAGAUUACGCCAAUCUUGUUUGUUCCAUGAACUUAACCCCGGAACACACGCGCACCAUCAUUAGAUCAAGUUACAAUUGCUCGAAUCCAUCCUCGGACUUGAACUACCCGUCUUUUAUUGCCCUGUAUGAAGUUGAAAAAAAUAGAACCACUGUAACUCGGUUCAAGAGGACGCUCACAAACGUAGGGGUUCGUGCAGCAGCCACAUACGCAGUCAAGGUAAAAGCACCAACGAAUUCCAUAGUUAAAGUAUCACCAGAUGCAUUAUUUUUCAGAAAGAAUUAUGAUAAGAUAAGCUAUAGUGUGACUAUUCAAUAUACGAGUAGCGGCGAACUCGAGAGCACAGAUGGUUCGCUCACUUGGAAUGAAGUGAAUGGCAAGCAUACAGUCAGAAGUCCCAUUGUGGUCCAUCCUAAAUCUCACAGUGAUGAUGAAUGA